AUGGCAUUAAAGCGUAUACACAAGGAGCUUGCUGAUCUCACCAAAGAUCCGCCUACAAAUUGCAGUGCUGGUCCUGUGGGAGAUGAUAUGUUUCAUUGGCAAGCAACAAUAAUGGGCCCUCAUAACAGCCUUUACCAAAACGGAGUCUAUUUCUUAAACAUUCACUUCCCAAGUGACUAUCCAUUUAAGCCACCUAAGGUUGCAUUUACUACUAAGGUAUAUCACCCCAACAUAAAUAACAAUGGUGCCAUAUGCCUUGACAUUUUAAAGGAUCAGUGGAGUCCUGCGCUCACCAUCUCGAAAGUUUUACUUUCGAUCUCGUCUCUACUCACCGAUCCUAACCCAGAUGAUCCAUUGGUUCCCGAAAUUGCUCAGAUUUAUAAGCAGAAUCGCAAGCUUUACGAGUCUACGGUCAGGGAAUGGGUCCAGAAAUAUGCAACAUAG